GCAGAAAGCCUGACUCAGGCAGCUGCGGCUAUUAAAGCGGCUGCAGCGCUGCUGGCUCCCUGCUGGGGCGAGCGGCGCCGCGGAGAUGAAGCUAGCUGGCUGGUGCUGGCUGAGCUCAGCUGUCCUUGCCACCUACGGUGUUCUGGUGGUGGCCAACAAUGAAACAGAGGAAAUUAAAGACGGAAGAGCACAGGACACCUGCCCGGUGAGACUAGAAAGCAGGGGCAAAUGCGACGAGGGAGGGGAGUGCCCCUACCAGGUGAACCUGCCCCCGCUGACUAUUCAGCUCCCGAAGCAGUUCGGCAGGAUCGAGGAGGUGUUCAAAGAAGUCCAGAACCUCAAGGAAAUCGUAAAUACCCUAAAGAAAUCUUGCCAAGACUGCAAACUGCAGGCUGACGACAACCGAGAUCCAGGCAGGGCUGGACUGCUGGUACCCGGCACGGGAACCCCGGGAGAGGCUGAGAAUAACAGAGUUAGAGAACUAGAGAGCGAGGUUAACAAGCUGUCCUCUGAACUAAAGAAUGCAAAACAGGAGAUCGACGUACUUCACGGUCGCCUGGAGAAGCUGAAUCUUGUAAAUAUGAACAACAUAGAAAAUUAUGUUGAUAGCAAAGUGGCAAAUCUAACAUUUGUUGUCAAUAGUUUGGAUGGCAAAUGUUCCAAGUGUCCCAGCCAAGAACAAAUACAGUCACGUCCAGUUCAACAUCUAAUAUAUAAAGAUUGUUCUGACUACUACGCAAUAGGCAAAAGGAGCAGUGAGACCUACAGAGUAACGCCUGACCCCAAAAACAGUAGCUUUGAGGUUUUCUGCGACAUGGAGACCCAGGGGGGAGGCUGGACUGUGCUGCAGGCGCGUCUCGACGGAAGCACCAACUUCACCAGGACGUGGCGAGACUACAAAGCAGGCUUCGGAAACCUCAGAAGAGAAUUUUGGCUGGGCAACGAUAAAAUUCAUCUUCUGACUAAGAGUAAGGAAAUGAUUCUGAGAAUAGAUCUUGAAGAUUUUAAUGGUGUUAAACUCUACGCCUUGUAUGAUCAGUUUUAUGUGGCUAACGAGUUUCUGAAAUACCGUUUACACGUUGGUAACUAUAACGGCACCGCUGGCGAUGCCUUACGUUUCAAUAAACAUUACAACCAUGAUCUCAAGUUUUUCACCACCCCAGACAAAGACAAUGAUCGAUAUCCUUCUGGGAACUGUGGGCUCUACUACAGUUCAGGCUGGUGGUUUGAUGCAUGUCUUUCUGCAAAUUUAAAUGGCAAAUAUUAUCACCAAAAAUACAGAGGUGUCCGCAAUGGGAUUUUCUGGGGCACCUGGCCUGGUAUCAGUGAGGCACACCCUGGUGGCUAUAAGUCCUCCUUCAAAGAGGCCAAAAUGAUGAUUAGACCCAAGCACUUUAAGCCAUAAAUUGCUAGCGCUCAUGCCUCCAGGUAUUCAUUACCUAAUAGGGCAAUCAAUUAUUUAAGCAGUUUAGAAUAUGCCUUGUUUUGUAUUCUUUUUCCAUGGCUCAGAGGUAAAAAUUUACCUCUGAGUAGUAGCUUCUUAUGCUGCAAAGCAUUUGAAAUAAAGCUGAAAAAUAAUACAUUUUAAAGGAGUCCUUUUUUGCCAUUAAGCUGUUAUCCAGUGAAAACUUGCAAGCAAUUGGGAAUGUUGAGAAUUAUACAUUAGAUUUAUAAUUCUUUUCGUUUCUAUUAAUUGAAAACUUUUCUAUUACUUGUAUUGCUGGCUACAAUUAAAAAUAGUGUUUAUUCAGCAGGCUAGAUUCUACACAAAUAAUCUGAACUUAGGCUGUGACUUAAGCACAUCUUUUCAAGCUACAAUUAUUUGGAUAAUCUUCUAUCUGAGAUAAACUGACUCAAUUUAUGGUAUUUACUCUGGGUCAGGAAGACCCUAUAAUAGCAUUUUCGUUCCCAGAUUAAGGGAAAUAAUAUACAGAAUUAAAGCUGUUCAUAUAUUAUUGAUGAAAUGUAAAAUAUUUGUCAUUUGAAAUAUUUUAAACUGUGGUAGCUUCGUGUCACCCAUAAAAGCAUUUAGGAAAUAGUGUAACCUUAAAGACCAUGGUUUAAAUGUAAUCCAUUGUUUAUAAUUCAGAUGUUUGAUUGUUGAAAACUGCUUUAACAUGAAAAUUAGCUUCCUCUGCUUGAACAACAGUUGUUAAUUUAAAAUUGUUCACUACUGUGCUAGACUACUGGUAGGCUUUCUUUUGUGGGGCCAGGUGUGGGUGGGGAAUUCAUUUAUUUAUAGGCUAUAAUACUCUGAAGGCCAAUUUUAUAUCCAAAGCAAUAAUAUCAUUAAGUGGUUUACUUCAUAGAAAGCUAAGUUUUCUAGGACAAACAGAUAAAUGUAUUUAUUGAAAACAUGAAUUUUAAAACACACAGAAUAGUUAAAAUAUUAUAUGUUGCAACCCUAACUGGUGGAUUGACUAUUUUACUAUCAGAAAUGAAAGAUAGGUAUUUAUUUUUCUAACCAAAGUAUCUGUAGCUUUUAUAAUUCAUUAAUUCUGGGAUGCUAAGUAUCAUAUUAAAAAAUGAUAAAAAAUGUUUAAUUUCAUUAUUAUAAAAAUGGAUCAUUUCUGAGAGAACAGCCGUAUUCUGCAUGUUUAAAAAAACUCUAGAGUAAAAUUUGAAGUAACUCACUGUACUGUAUGUGAGUCAUAGCAAUAAAUCUUAUCUUUAAUUUCUGGUGUCUGUUUCUAAUACACUAACCAGGUUUAAAAUAUACUUACAAAGAUGCAUCUUUACUCGUUAUUUGAAAAUGAUUAAGGAGGACAGUUGCUUCAGAUAACAAAUUAAUUUUUCAAAUAUUAAUCCCUAAUAGAAAGUUUUAAUCGAAAAGAAGCAAGAUAUUCCUUUAAAAAUAUAUAACACACAGGUUUUCAGGUAAACAUGAAAAUUAAGUUAUUAUGAAUACUAUUAAAAAAUGUUAAAGAGAAAUGGAAAUAGAAUUAAAUGACCAAAAUGUAAAAUAUAGAUUUCAAAGACUGUGUAUCUACUAAGUGGGAUACCAAAUGUAAAUGAUGUAACUGAUUUUCUCUUUUUUUUUGCUUUUUAAAAAAGACUAAAAAAAUUUUGAUAUUAUACAGUGUAUUUGUUUCCAAUAAGGGCAUUUUCAUUUACUCUAUAUAAUUAUAAAUAUAUGUAUAAGUAAAUUCUGUGAUCAAAAAUGGACUUAUCACAAGAUAAAGUUCUAAAAAAUAUAUGCUCAUAUACAGAGUGUAUAUUGAUUUAAUGGGAACUAGGUAUCAUUUCAGGAGAAUUUGGCAAAUAAUUCAUUAAUCCACGUAAAUAUUCAAAAGCUUGUUGUUCUGUCUUUCCAGAUAGGGAUGGAUCCUUUCCUUAUUCAAAGGAUCAAAAUUUUAUUUUCCAUUAUACUUUUAUGUCACUUUUCUAAUAAAUUCUGUAACGUAGAAAUUGCUUUUCAGAAUCAUUUCAUGUCACUCAGUAUAAAAUAUAUUCUAGACUUUGAUACCAUCUUUAACAUGUUCAUGGAAACAGAUUGUAUCUGAGAGAGUCUUUUGCCUUUAACAUAACUAUUCACUAAUACAUGCUAAUAUUAAUAAAUGUGGAUUGACUAUUUACAAACAUAAUGUUUAGAGUCUUAUCUUGGUUCCAUUUGAUGGCUAAUAUUUGUUAUGUUAAUUAAGACUUUAUUUCUAAAUAUUAUCAUUCUUUGAAAAUAUUUACUGAAACUGGAUCUAUAGAAAUUCCAGGUGGAGCUGAUUUACCUAUAAUUGUGAAAAAAGUCAAAUUUUACUUGUAAGUAGUAACAUUCCAAAUGGAUUAAUGACACAUCUGUCCAAUAAAUAACAAGCUUACAUAUACAAAACAUAAGAAGUAUCUGAGCAAUAAAAUUUGCUGGUCCUUACUUUUGAAUAGCUACCCAAGAAAAGGUUUUCAAGGUAAAAGUGAUAGGUAAUAUCAUCACAAUAAGCUCUUGUUUAAAAUGGUUUUCUUUUUUACGUAUAAUUAGGUUUAUGUUUCAUGUCUUUUUAAAACUUUGUAAAAUAAAAGAUUUAGUCUUCA